AGUUUACGUUCCAGACGAUUAAAUUUGCGCAGAAGACAAUGUUGGGGAGGAAUUGGACGCGAGUUGGAAGAUGGGGUGUGGAGCAGUUGAGAAGCAUGAGCCAGGCGACUGCUGUCAAGAAUCUGGAGAAGAUGCAUGCGGAGUUUGAAGGCAGACCUUUGUACCUUGAUGCACAAGCAACGACGCCGUUGGAUCCCCGCGUCCUGGACGCAAUGCUGCCUUACAUGCUCGUAAAUUUCGGGAACCCUCAUUCCAGGACCCAUGCCUAUGGCUGGGAAAGCGAGAGAGCAAUGGAAGAUGCGCGGAAAAGCGUGGCAGCCAUCAUCAAUGCUGACCCGCGGGAAAUCAUAUUCACUUCCGGUGCGACGGAAUCGAAUAACAUUUCCGUGAAAGGCGUGGCCAGGUUUUACAAAUCAAAGAAACGCCACGUCAUAACGACUCAAACGGAACACAAGUGCGUUCUCGACUCAUGCCGAGCCCUGGAAGGAGAAGGCUUCGAAGUGGAGCCCGUACAAAGUGGUGGAGGCCAGGAGCGUGGAAUCAGAAGUGGUACAGUUCCAACUCCGUUGGUGGUUGGCUUGGGGAAGGCUUGUGAAAUUUGCAUUUCAGACAUGGAGUAUGACAUGAAUCAUAUGAUCCGGCUGUCCAACCGUCUCCUCAGUCUUUUCGAGGCCAAUCUCACAAAUGUGAUUCGAAAUGGAGAUCCGAAACAAACUUACCCUGGAUGUGUGAACUUGUCCUUCGCCUGUGUGGAAGGCGAAAGUUUGUUGAUGGCGCUGAAGGAUGUGGCGCUCUCUAGCGGAUCCGCGUGCACUUCUGCAUCUCUGGAGCCAUCUUACGUUUUGCGUGCCAUUGGUGCCGAUGAAGAUUUGGCGCAUUCUUCAAUCCGCUUCGGCUUUGGGAGGUUUACCACUGUGGAAGAGGUUGAUUACACAGCUAUGAGAACGAUUGAAGCUGUGAAGAAGUUGAGGGAAAUGAGUCCCUUGUGGGAAAUGCUGCAGGACGGAAUUGACUUGAAAAGCACAGUGUUUAAUAGAUUUGUUUUUGUUGAGAUGGCACCUAAGAAAGCAGCCAGAAAAGUGUUUUCAAUCAAAGUGAAGCAAGAAAUCAUUAAAAAAAAAGAAGCUGGACAAAAAGUUGGUGAUAUUGCAAGAGAGUAUGGUGUGCACAACUCUAGCAUCAGCUCCAUCCUUGCCCAGAAAGAGAAAAUCAUGAUGUCUUCUGUUGCAAAAGGAGUGAAAAAGGUUGGUUCCAGAAGUACAACCAUGGAAGAAAUGGAGAAGCUCUUGUUCAUCUGGUUUACUGACAGGCAGUUGAAAGGAGAGAUCACCCAUAUGGGCAUGAUCAUGAAGAAAGCCAUAAUUAUAUUUGCAGACCUCAAAGAAAAAGAGGAGGCCCAAGAAUCAUGCACAGGACAACCACCAAAGGAAAUGGAAGUUCUUGUGUUUUGUAGUGGCUGGGCUAAGAGGAUCAAGAAAAGGUUGGGGAUUAAUAGUUUUUUUAUGCAUGGUGAAGGAGGCAGUGCUGACAAAUUGGCAGCUGAGAAGUUUGCCAAACAAUUUCAAGAUUUUGUUAAAGAAGAAGGUUAUCAAGCCCAGCAGGCAAACAUGAAGUUCAGCAUUUUGCACAGAAGUUCCAAUUCGGCCGCCCGGUUGGCUGUGUUGAGUGAGUUCAAGUCGAAAACUGAUGCUUGUGUAAAAACGCCGUGUUUUUUGCUGACCACGCGUGGCGCCACAGUGCCUCACUUGACCUACGAUACGUUACAAUUGGUUCUCGGGGAUCGUGGUUCGGAAUAUCCCAGUUAUGUCCGAGUCACCGACUUGACAGUCGCCCAGAAACCCGGGUACAACAAUGAAGGUAUCUCGAUUUGGACAAGACACGGAAGAAAGACCCUCAGUGUGGAAAAUGUUUAUCAACAGGCAAACAUGAAGUUCAGCAUUUUGCACAGAAGUUCCAAUUCGGCCGCCCGGUUGGCUGUGUUGAGUGAGUUCAAGUCGAAAACUGAUGCUUGUGUAAAAACGCCGUGUUUUUUGCUGACCACGCGUGGCGCCACAGUGCCUCACUUGACCUACGAUACGUUACAAUUGGUUCUCGGGGAUCGUGGUUCCCAUGUUCUUCAGUACUGUUUGGAUGGGAUCGAACCGAUUUCAGAUGCCGUGGAGGAUAGCAAAACGUCAUUGGCGGAAUUUGCGGGAAUGUCUGAAUAUCCCAGUUAUGUCCGAGUCACCGACUUGACAGUCGCCCAGAAACCCGGGUACAACAAUGAAGGUAUCUCGAUUUGGACAAGACACGGAAGAAAGUCCCUCAGUGUGGAAAAAUAUUUGGAGAAAAUCACCGCAUUCAGACCGGAUAUUUGGCAGGCUUUUGUGGACACAGACACUUCAAGUGCCAAAAAAGUGAAGCGAACGUUGAUCCGAAACGAAACCUUUCUUACCAAGGCCAUAGAAGCCAAAAAUUCCAGACCGAUUUUGAUUCGAAUGCAGGAAUUGACGAAUAGUGCAGUGAUUGCGACGAUUGUCGGUGGCUUAAACCAUAAGCAGAGAAGCGAGUUUCUUGGGACGACGUGCGCUUCUGCUGGAGCAGACGGAUUCAGUUUUGAGGGUUUCUUUCCUGGUGGAACCGGAAAUGUUGCUUCCGAGUACACGCCGGAAAUUGCUGAUGUGUUCAGGGAAUACGUGGAAAAGCUGCCAGAAGACAAACCCAGAUUAUUGCCUGGGGCCUUCAAUCCCAAAUUUAUUGAAAGUGCAGUUUUGGCUGGAUUUGAUGUGUUCGACUCGUCUUUACCGUAUUUGGCUGCAGAAAACGGAUUAGCGCUUCGGAUUCCUCAUGUAAGUUCAGAAAAAGUUGUUCAUCCGACGGAAACUGCGCAAGGGGAACUAGUUGAACCCGGCAUUGUAGUGGAUGAAGAUGAUGCAGAAGAAAAUUAUUCAGGCUGUGGUCCACAGUGGAAAGGUUUCACUUUGCCACUAAAAGCAAAGAAGUACACGGAGGAUUUCACGCCGAUUGCAGCAGACUGCAGUUGUUACACGUGUCGGAAUUACACCAAGGCGUACGUGUCUUAUCUUUUGAACGUGAAGGAGAUGCUGGCAACCGUGCUGUUGAUGCUGCAUAACUUGCAUCACUUCGAAGAUUUUUUCGCUGCAUUGAAAAAGAGACACAUGGGUUCAAUCAGGAGUGUUUGAUUAUUGGGAGCUGGUUUUAAUGAAAGCUUGAAACAUUUCUGAAAUCUUUAAAA